AUGUUGGAUACUUCAUCGUACCAGUCAAUUCUCCCUCAAAGUGUUUUCGAAAAGUGGUGUCGUGCUCUUUGCGAAUCAGCAGUACUUUUAGAUGCAUCAAAAGGUGGGGUGGCCUAUGGAAGAUCUUACUGCCCUUAUCCAAAUUGUUCCGAAUUGGUUUUGAAUGAAUGUGUUGGAAAUUAUAGCUCGGGUAAGAUUACAGAAUCAAGCUGUCCUAGUUGCAAAAAGCUUUUCUGUUUCCACUGCAUGGUUCCAUGGAAAGAGAAACAUCAGUGUAGUAGCAGCGGCGAGAUUGUAAUCGACGUCGACAGAAAAGAUGAUUCAUUGUUCGUGGAGAUUGUUAAAGAGAAGAGAUGGAGACGGUGCCCAUCUUGCAACCAUUACGUUGAGCGCAGGGGGGGUUGUAACAAGAUUAGAUGCAGGUGUAACACAGUUUUUUGCCACGACUGUGGAAGCAUUAGCGAUCCAUGUAUUUGCGGCAAAGAACAACAGCGGCUUGAGGCGAUUCGGCGCGAGCGUGAGCGGAUUUGGCGUGACCGGAAAAGGCAGCGUAAGCGGAUUUUUGAGCGGAUUCAAGCACCAACAUUGCUUUAUGAGGCUCGAGUUUCUAUCGCCCGGUUUGAGUUGGAUACGUAG